AUGAAUAAGUCAAGGGAUUGGAAUAUUGUGGAUGAUGAAUUAAAUCGAAAAUUAAAAUAGUCACAAGAAAUAAAAUCAUAAUUAGAUGACUAAUCGACUGAAUAGCUACUGUAAAAUAAGGAUUAGAAUUAGGAGUAUAAUAGCGAUGUAAAUUAUUAUAAGGAGUUUUGGAGAUACUAUAUUCUAAAUGAAAUGGCUAUAAAGAAAGUCAAUGAACUUCAUUCUUAAAAUUAAAAAUUGCAUGAAUUAAUAGGAGAUAUAGAUAAUUGCAUUUUGCUCGUGAGUUAUCGUCAUAAAAAGAAAAAUAGAAGGACUUCCUAGGAAAUUGAGAAGAGUUUUGUUUGUCCUUAUGAAAAAUGUAAUAAACAGUAUGGAAGUGAUGUUUCUUUGAAUUUGCACAUCAAAUUGAAGCAUGAUGGAGGCAAUAAAACUGAUAGAGAAAAAUUUGCAAAAAUGAUUAUUGAGGCUCAGUAAAAUGGAGAAGUUAUCACAGAUAUGAAUAUUAAUAUCAAAUUCCCUCCUGGUUAUUUAGAUAACCAAUUCCUGAACACUUAAUAAAAUUAGUUAAAUUAAGAACGAAAGUCAAUCGAAUAAGAUUGA